CAUGAGGGUUUUGCAACAUAUAGCGACGAUGGUGGCAAUUUUAACUUUAAAGUGUGACGGAGACGAAUUGAAGCCAAGUCUCGCCAGUUUCUCAGAUGGGUCAUCAUUAAGCUUACUAAAGGAUAAAGAAGAAGACGCACGAAAUUUGUACUACAUGAAAACUGCUGACAUGUCUAAUCCAUCCAGGUUCCAAAACGUCAUCACCUCAUACAAAAGAGUACCGUCUGGCUUUUUAGGAAUGCGUGGAAAAAAGGAAUAUAUAGAAAUUGGAGAAGAACUGAAUAAGAGAGUUCCUUCAGGAUUUUUAGGAAUGCGCGGCAAAAAGGAAGAUUUCCAAUUGAAUUCCUUUGAAGAUGACUACGGCACUUCCUCAAACGCACAAAGCGAUGUCUAUGAAAUGGCCAAAAGACCAUCCAAAAUGGGAUUUCUAGGAAUGAGGGGAAAGAAGUUACCUGGACAUUCCAGCUUUUUCGGUAUGCGAGGAAAGAAGUAUCCGUACCAGUUCCGAGGGAAAUUUGUAGGAGUUAGAGGAAAGAAAUCUGAUUGGAACGAUUACAGGGAUUUGUCAAAUCUUGCUCAACAACUAGAUCUAAAUCAGUUGAUGCUCUUACUGACUGCGAAUGACUACGAAUUUCUAUCAAAAAAUGAUAGAAAUAACGAAGUAGUUUAAGAAAUGGUUUUUGGGGAAUUUAUCGAAACAAUUUCUUUAUAGAAGACUUCAUGUAGUUUAGUUGUACAAUACAAUAUUGUUAACAAACAUAAAUCAUUCAUUCAUACUUACGUAUUACGUAUUUUUUCAUACUUAAGCACGGAGCGUAACGCUACCUACAAUAACAACUGUGCUGUAUGUAUAAAGAUCCAAUCUCUAUCUCUAUCAUGUACCUGCCAUGCUGCUAACUUCGUUCUGUCGGAUCUUCCUUAGCUGUGCGCGCGCAACUUCCGUUGCAUGUUAAAUGUUUACUCUUAGCGCGCCAAAAGAAGUAUAGCUUAAUAAAUAGUGUUGUACCUGUAUUCAUAAAGUAUGACCUGGAAUACAGCAUGGAUAUAAUAUAAUAUAACUAAAAGACUUAAAAAAAUUAAGCAUAUCAUUACGGGUAGUUUAUAAUGACACGAACCCUCCGAUGCGUGAAAGGUUACCCUUAUCACAUUUCAUACUGCUUAUUGGUGAAAACAUUGGUUCGGAAGUUGUUCUAUGGGUUCCAAGCAGGUGCCUCGCUAUACAACCAGGGAUGGAGCUGCUGAAAAACUGUAAAACGUAACGAAUGUAAAAAUCAAUGAACGGGGGAGUUUUGUCACUGUGCAAACGAAGACCAAGGCUCAUGUCAUUCUAAAUUACCUCUACAUCAUGAACAAAGUAUUCAUAUACCUCAGCAGAUUGAUUUAGAAAACUUUCAUCUUUACCUAUGGUUAUUGUAGUCAAUUUUACUGUUUACAUUU